AUGCCUUUCCCACACAGGACAGUCCUCAUCACCGGCGCCACCGCCGGCAUAGGCCGGGCGCUAGCCGAGCGGAUGGUAGAGAACGGCGUCUUCGUCAUCGCAGUCGGCCGGCGCAGGGAGCGCCUCCAGGAGCUCGAGGCCAAGUACGGCCGCGACAAGGUGGUGGCCGAGGAGUUCGACAUGACCAAGACAGCCGAGAUCCAGGCCUGGGCUCAACGCAUCACCAAGCAAUACCCAACCCUGUCCUCCAUAAUCCUCAACGCAGGCAUCCAGCGCACCUUGGACUUCACCAACCCCUCGUACGACGAGCUCUCCUCCAAGAUCACCAGCGAGGUCGACACCAACACCUCCCCGCUGCUGACCAUAACCGCCUUCCUCCCGCACCUCAUCUCGCUCGGGGCGUCCUCCUCCGCCGCCGCCGCCUCCGUGAUCCUCGUCACCAGCGGCCUCGCCCUCGUGCCCAUCGCCCGCUGCGCCAACUACUGCUCCACAAAGUCCGCCCUGCACCACUUCGGCCUGUCGCUCCGGUCGCAGAUGCAGUCCAGCCCGGCCACCCGGCACGUCCGCGUCAUUGACAUCCUCCCUCCCGCCGUGCAGACCGAGCUGCACGAACUCCAGCCCGAGCUGGUGGCGGUAGGACAGGGCCAGAUAGGAAUGCCCCUGAAGGCCUUCAUCGAUGAGACUUGGGCUGCCCUGGACCGGUGGGACGAGAACGAGAAUGAAAUCAUGGUGCAAGAGGUCAAGCAGAGGUGGGGGCACAUCGACAAUGAGAAGAAGGCGGCCUUCAAGCAGCUGGACGCCAUGAUGAGGGGCACGGCCGGUCCCAAGGCUUGA